AUGCAAGUCCGCAGCCUCCACCACGCCUCGGACCAUCGCGUCAAGCUACUCGCCCGGGCACGCGACCACUACAGACGAGCAUCCAUCCUCUCCGACGUAGAGGGCCAGAAUGUGUCAACUCUCGCGGCAUCCUCUCCUCCCUCCCCAUAUGUCUCGUCGUCCGUCGACAGCGCUGCUACCGCACCAUUCCCACGCUGCCUGAGCCCCUCUACGACGACAACAUCCCACUCCCCCUCCCUCUCGAUGGGCGGCAGCAGCGUAUCGAGCAAUCGCUCCAGCGUAGACACCUGCAUCACCACGCCGUCUCCCUCGCCGGAGAAGCAGCACGCCGUGCCUGCCUCCCUUCCUCCUGCUGCGCCGGUGCAGCAGGCACAGAAAGACCAGUGUCCCACGGUCCGUCCCGACUCGCCAACGCUGGGAUGCCUCCUCCCCGCUACGCCGCCAUACGCCCAUCCCGUCUCUGUCGACCUGGCGUCCGGCCUUGACGGAGACGGGGAGAGGAAUAAUAUCUGCUUCUACCACGAUGACGAUGACGAUGACGAUGAAGAGGAGUCGGAACAGGAUCAUGCCAAGGUGGACCCCUUUCGUCGUUCUAGGUCCCUACACCGUUUCGCAAUGGCUCUCGAGUCUCUCCAUCGCCAGAUCAACAUGGUUCACAUCCCUGCCGUUGACACUGUGACCGAGACGGAGGCAUCGCCGAGCGCCACCGCUGACCUCGAGAGUCGCAUCAGACGUCUCAGGGCUACGGGAUGGGUCAGGAAGCGCUUCGAUCCUUCGAGGUACGAGGCUCUCACGGAGGAGGCUAUGGCAGAUCUCAUGAACUGA